AGCGAGGCGAGGUCGAUCGCACGACGUACGCAGACGCAGGCGCAAAGGUGUUGGUAGACUGGUACGUAGUACCGUUUGGUACUGUUCAUGCCUGCGCCUUCUUUUAUGCGUCUGCGCAGUGCUCUCUCUCUCUUCUCGCCCAUGCAUUCAAUUCCAUCCAUCGACCGAUCUCGUUGUAGAGUCUCGUCCGACGGAUUCCGAUCGAUCGGUCGAGGGAUCUGACGCCGCUACAGUGCCGGGCGGGCUGCUAUACAAGAGGCAGUGGUGACCGGUGAGCCUCCUGGUGCGCUUCUCUGCUUCCGCUUCUUCCCAAAUUCGGCCGCUCCGUCAGCCGCGGCCAUACUGUCGCUGCGGCGUCCGGGGCUUAAAAGGGGGAGUGAGUGGUGGUGCUGCAGGGGAAUCGCCCAUGGAGGGCUCCCGGGGGAGGUGGAGGUGGGGUGGCAGGCGCAGAUCCAUGCUAAUGGUGGCGCUGGCCCUGUGCUUCGUCGUGGUCGUCUCCCUGUGCUGCUGCGCCCGGCCCGGGGCUUGCAGUGGCAGUGGCUGCAGUGGGAGGAGUACCGUGGUGGCGCUCCGUUCAGAUUUUUGGAGACGAACAGCAGCAUCGUUCGGUAAUCAGGAGCGGUCAGGAGCCAGCGGGAGCGGAGGACGGCGGCGGCUGCUGGUGGUGGCCGGGCCGGGGUCGUACCCGCCGCGGUGCACGGGCAAGUGCGGCAGCUGCAGCCCGUGCUACCCGGUGCACGUGGCCGUGCCGCCGGGGGUGCCGGUCACCACGGAGUACUACCCGGAGGCGUGGCGGUGCAGGUGCGGCAACCGGCUCUACAUGCCAUGAUCGGCACAAGAUGAAAACAAGGCCGGUCUCGAUCGGCACCUGGCCGAGCAGGGACGUCAAGCCGAGCGCGGUGAGCUUACCGACGCCGAUCGACCUCGGCGCAAGCUGACGAGAGCGCCCGUCGUCGCGCUCCAUUAUUGCUCGGGGCGGGGGCCGGGCGGCUCGACCGCGGCUGCAGCUGCAGCAGUGCCAUGGCUGUCGCGGCGCGCCUGCCUCUGCCUGCAUGGGUGGAGCUGCAGGGGGGUGGUGGCCCGCUCGGCCGCUGGGCUCUGUUUCUGUGCGUGUCUCCUCUGCGCCGCUGGAAUUCGCACGGCCCUACCACGACGCGCCGGGGCAUGGGGGGGCUGUACGGCGCGUGCUGUGCUGGGGCUGGGAGGAGAGUGAGAUACAGUGCACGGACAAUGCCCGCUCCUGCACGUGUCCAGAUCAUCUGUUGAUAUGAGAUUCCAUGUUCCCCCCUUCUUCCGUUCUGUUCCGUUUAGAAUUUUGAUUUCAUUUUGCGCUGGUGAUCUUCUUGCCCACUUGAUGUGUGAUGAACAGACGCGACGCGAGUCAAAUGCGAUGUUUGUAA